AUGGAGAACCUGCUGCAGCUCCUGGACACCAAGGGGCGCGUGAGCGACGCGACGGGCGCCAAGGCCCUGGCCCUGAAGGGGGGUGAAGUCAGCUUCUCGGGAGUGAGCUUUGGCUACGAGCCCAGCAGGACGGUGCUCAAAGAGGUGUCCUUCCACGCGCCCCCCAGCAGCACCGUGGCGUUUGUGGGGGCGACGGGCAGCGGCAAGUCCACCCUCACGCGCCUCCUGUUCAGGUUCUUUGACGUGACCUCUGGCUCCAUCACCGUGGACGGCCAGGACAUCAGGGCCGUCACCCAGGCCAGCCUCAGGGCCGCAAUAGGCAUGGUGCCCCAGGACUGCGUGCUGUUUAACGACACGAUCCGCUACAACAUCCGCUAUGGCCGGCCGGGGUCGAGCGACGCCGAGGUCGAGGCGGCCGCCAAAGCGGCCUGCAUCCACGACGCGAUAUCUCGGUUCCCCAAG